AUGCCUCCUCUGUCUCUUUCUAUAGAUCUCGCCGACUUCCCGUCCCUCCGCACGCGGAAAGCGCUACUGAUCCUCGACACCCAACAUGAGUUCCUGUCCGAUGGCGGUGCGUUGGCCAUCAAGGGGUCUGCCGCCUUUCUGGAACGAACUGUGGCUGUGGCCCGGGCAUUUCGCAAGUCCGGUUCGGGAGAUGUCGUUUGGAUUCGCAGCCAGUUUGAAAGCCACCGCCCGGCGGCAGAGGCACACAUAAUGACGUCAGACAAGCUCCAGGUGCUGAGGAACAGCCGUGUCCCGCCCGGGCCGCCGACAGAAGACCAGGAUGCGGACCCAGAAGCAUUUCUGAGCAUCGGCGGAGAGGAAGUACUCCAGAAGGAGAAGGAGGCGCAGGCAGAGAAGCUGUACCCCGGUAGUAUCGGCAGCGAGCUAGUACCAGAUGUUGUAUCUGCCAUCGAGGUCCAUCGAGACGUGGUCCUUGCCAAGUCUCAUUAUUCUGCUUUCCAGAGCAGCCAGCUUCUCGUGCGCCUCCGCACGCACUUUGUCACAGAGCUAUUUAUCUGCGGCGCCUUGACCAACAUCAGCGUUUACGCCACGGCGCUGGAUGCCGCCCGUCAUGGCCUUGCUUUGACCAUCAUUGACGACUGUUGUGGCUACCGAAGCGAAAUUCGCCACAAGAACGCCAUCGCGAGUCUGGUCCGGCUGACGGGCUGCGAGACCAUUGGAUCCAACGCGGCUAUUGAGUCCUGGACAUCUGCCCCUCAAGCGGAUGACAAGCCAAUUCAUGGCAACCGCACCGCCUCUGGCGCUGCUGCAGGGCUCCCUGGCACGGCUGGACGUCCAAAGAUGCGUCAAUCGUCGAGACAGACACCUGAGGGCCCUAUCGGGGUCAGCAGGAGCAGCAGCGGCGGCGGCGGUGGCGUCUCCACUGCUCGCUCAGGCGGAAGCUUACCCGUACGUACCAAAGCUCCAGCUUCCGGCGAUAUGGGCAAGAAGGAUACAGAGAAGGUGGAAGCCGAUGAAGGUGCGCUGGGCCCCUCCGAGAGUUGCUCAGAGCUGCCUUCAGUGGAUGAAGUCCCCAAACUAAAGCGUGUGCCUUUUGCAGCCGACGUUCUCUCAGAAACAUCUCAGCCGCAACCGGCAAUGCCGUUACAGCCCGUGGCAGCGAUCACGCUAGACGGGGCGGAGCCAGCUACCACUCGUAAGACGACGGAGCCAACUGGUUCGAUUCCCCACGUUGUCCCAGGCACCGACAAAGAUUCUGGGUCAGCCAAGACAGACAUCACGGUCGCCAAUAAAUCAUCCACAGACGAGAUUUCCGCAGUGAAAGCAGCGACCCAAUCGUCCGAAAGAGAAGCCGGGACUGAAGGCGACGUUUCAGACGUGGACAAUAGUGGAGGUGGUCUGCCACCUAACGCAGCAGACAUGAGUGUCAAACCAGAGCGCCAUGGAAAAGCUGCAGACAGCCUGGUACCGGCGGCGACAGACGAACAAAUUGCGAACAAAGCCACUGCAAGCGAGCCUCUGUGUGAGGGCGACACCGUUUUGUACGGCAGCGUCUUGCCGCCAUCGAUCGAGGAUGGAAUAUACGACCGGCUCUGCGAGGAAGUCCACUGGCUGCGGAUGUCACAUCAGGGAGGAGAAGUUCCAAGACUGGUCUGUGUUCAAGGUGACAUAGACGAGGAUGGAAACAUGCCAAUCUACCGCCAUCCAGCCGACGAAUCGCCGCCACUAGAGUCUUUCAGCCCAACGGUGCUACAGAUCAAAGCGCGCAUCGAGGAGAUUGUUGGGCAUCCAUUGAAUCACGCACUGAUCCAGCUGUAUCGCAGCGGCCACGACUACAUCUCGGAACAUAGUGACAAAACGCUGGACAUUGUCCCUGGAUCGUUCGUCUGCAAUGUCAGUCUCGGAGCCGAAAGGCUCAUGGUGUUCCGCACAAAGAGGACGGAUAAAGACAAGAGCGAAGCCGGGCAAGAGACGGAAGCAAAGGGCGCAGAAGGCAAGGACAGCAGGCGGCAGAUCUGCCGGGUGCAGCUGCCACACAACUCACUUAUGCGCAUGGGUCUGCAGACAAACAUGCGCUGGUUGCACGCGAUUCGACAGGACAAGCGGAUGGACCGCGACAAGACGGCGGCAGAGCUGGCGUACGACAGUGGACGGAUCAGUCUGACGUUCCGCCAGAUUGGGACGUUUCUGAACAGCGACCAGACGCGAAUAUGGGGUCAGGGUGCGCGGUCGGCGUCCCAGAAGGAGGCCGGGCCUGUUGUCAACGGACAGACAGAGGAAGCGAUCCGGAUGCUGAAGGCGUUUGGCACGGAGAACCACAGCUCCGAGUUCGAUUGGACGAAGCACUACGGCGAAGGAUUCGACGUACUUCACAUCUACGCUGCGGCGAGGCUGUUCGCCGGCGCGGACGCGGUGGCCAACCUGAGCAUCCAGCUGAUGCUGGCAGAGCUCGGGCUAGGCUAUGCCAAGGGCAGCAUCGGCAGGGCGGCAGGCGAGGAUGAGGAUUCUUCCAGGACGUCUAUUCUAGACCUCCCAGUGCGAUUUAUGGAUCGUGACGGUUGUGUAGUUGACGGCGUGCUGGCCAUCAUGUUGUACUUGAACAGCAUAUAUGGGUCUUCCAAGUCGACGGCCUCGACACCGCAGGAGACGGCUCACACGUUCAUAAGGCUGCAGAAGGCCUUAAUUCUGCAAGACAGCUGGAGGGCCGCACACAAGGCAGCAACAAGCAGCAGUGAGGUUUUGCUUUCCAGUCUCAAAGGAGAGCUGGAGCGGUGGAACGGCUAUGCCUCAGGUGGCAAGUUCAUAGGCGGUGGCAGUGCUGCUUCACUGGCCGACUUUGCUUUCUGGCCAGUGCUGUAUGAGCUGGACAAGACGUGUGCCAACGGCGAGGACGGGCUGACAGGCGAGCUUAAACGGCUCAAGCUCGACCAUCUCGGGGAGUACUACGGUAGGAUCAAGGCGAGGGAAAAGGUGCAGCAUGCGUGUUCGUCCUGA